GUUUUUGUGUGCUUGAGAUUCUUUGAUCGUUGAGUUACAUUAUUGAUUUCAAUAUUUUCAUCGGCUUCUUCAACUCUCUAACGAACAAAAAAGUGAGAAACCCCUAAUGGUUCUGAUCAAAUCGAAUCCGAAGGCAGAGGAAGAAGAAACUGAAAAGACGGCGAUAGCUUCUUUGUCCGAAGCUACCGAGAAAAUCAGCGAUCCCUCAGAUUUUGCGGCUUUCGUCGACAAAGUAAAGGGUUUGCCGGACGCUGACUUAUGGAGGUUUAACUUUUACCUUGAGAAAGCAUUUUCCCAAGUAUCAUCAUUACCAUGGUUUAACAUGCUAAAGAAAUCUCCUUUGUCUGAUGUUCCAUUAUCUCAUAUUCCCAAGUCUCUCUAUGAAACAGCAGUGGAUUGGAUCAACAAACUUCCAUUUAAUACACAAUGGAAGUUCGUAACGUGGGCACUUGAUCGACUUCUCAUUGACUGGGCACCACAUGCCAAAGGCGAAGAACAACCUCUUGCCAAAUUUCAAGUGGCAACAUUGGUUGAGUUAGCCAUGGUGGUGCGUGGUAGUCCUGAUUCUUUGACUUGUCUUUUACCGAUGCUGCGGGGGAGACCUAUGUAUCAUGGCGAGGACAAGCUUCCGCUUAUCAUUUGGAUGAUGGCUCAGGCCUUCCAAAGUGAUUUACCUGCUGGCUUGUAUUCAUGGGCGGUUAACUUGCUGCCACUAGUCGUUAAUGACAAGUGCUGCUACAGCUCUCAGUCUAUUGAUCUCAUCCUCCAAUUUGUUGAGAUGAUUUUGUCCUCGAAACCAGAGGCUCGGGCUGUACUCCUAAACGAACCUGUUAGGCAUCGAGGGCGGCUGAUUCCACCUUGUUCGUUUGAGAUGUUGGUGCGCCUUACGUUCCCUCCUGCAAGAGUGGAGGAGGAUGCAACAACAAAGAGGUUUCAGGCAAUUUAUCCUUUGUUGAAGGAAGUAGCCCUUGCACCAGAUACUAUUACUAGUGCAAAAGCACUGAAAGAGAUGAAACAGAUAUUCACUUUUUCCUUGAAAUUAGCUGGACAUGAAGGAAAUCCUGCCCUAGCCAGUGAAGCUACAUCAAUCGCCAUUAGUGUUUUGACACAAAAUGUUGAUUGCUUUAAGCAAUGGGAUGUUCUCUACAAGGAGAAUCUAGAAGCUAGCGCUGCUCUUCUUAAAAAGCUUGCAGACGAAUGGGACGACCAUUCCCUCAAACUAUCAGCAUCGUCCAGUGAUACACUUAAGCAUGCUAUGAAUAGCUUCAGGAUGAAGUUGUCUUCGUCCGAAGAUGAAUGUAACUGGGAUAAGGCGAUGUUGUCUUUGUCCCUGGAAGAUAAAUCUAACGGGGAGGAAACUGAAAAGACGGCGAUAUUGUCUUUGUCCGAAGCUCUUGAAAAUAUGCAUCCCCCAGCUCUUGCGGCUUUCCUCGACCAAGUAUUGGACGAUGAUUGGUAUCUACCGGCGAGGCAGAUCUUGAGACUAAUCGAUUACUAUGGGGAUGAACUUUCCCAAGUAUCCUUUCAAUGGGUCAAAAUGUUCCAGGACUAUCCUUUUUCCAAGCUCAUUAACGUUCCGUUAUCUCUUAUUCCUAAGCCUGUCUACGAAAUAUCAACCGAUUUCAUCAACAUAGUUCCAUUCCACGCACUACCUUCCUUUGUACUAUGGGGGUCUGAUCUCAUUCUCACUGAAUGGCCUGGAGUUGUCAAAAUUGAACAAGUUAAUUCUAACAAAUCCAAGGUGGCAAUAUUUGUUGCAUUAGCCAUGGUGUUGCGUACUCAACCUGAUGCUUUGACUCUUGUUUUGCCAAAGAUGGGGGAGAGACCUACCUAUCAAGGCGAGGACAAGCUUCCCUUUUUAAUUUGGAUGAUGUCUCAGGCCUCCCAAGGUGAUUUACCUGCUGGCUUGUAUUCAUGGGUGCGUAAGUUGCUGCCACUAGUCGCUAAUAACGAGUGCUCCUACAGCUCUCACUCAAUUCAUCUCAUCCUCCAAUUUGUUGAGAUGAUUUUGUCCUCGAAUCCAGAGGCUCGGGCCAUACUUAUAAAUGAAGCUGUUAAGCAUGGAGAGGGGCUGAUUCCACCUUGUUCAUUUGAGAUGUUGAUGCGGCUUACAUUCCCUCCUGCUAAAGUAGAGGAGGCAACAUCAGAGAGGUUUCAGGCAAUUUAUCCAUUGUUGAAACAAGUAGCCCUUGCACCAGAUACACUUAGUGCAAACGCACUGAAACAGAUAUUCACUUUCUCCUUGAAAUUAGCUGGAGAAGAAGGAAAUCCUGCUUUAGCCAAUGAAGCUACAGCAAUUGCCAUCAGUGUUUUGACACAAAACGUUGAUUGCUUUUAUCAAUGGGAUAUUCUCUACAAGGAGAAUCUACAAGUUAGCGUUGCUCUUCUUAAGAAGCUUGUAGACGAAUGGGAUGAUCAUCCCCUCAAACUAUUAUCAUCCUCACCGAGUGAUACUCUCACUGUCAUGCAUGCUAUAAAUAGCUUCAGGGUGAAGAACGAAAUAGCCAUCACUGAAGGAGAAGCCAAGCUUUCUCUUUACAAAGAAGCUGACAAGUCGUGCAAACUGAUAUCCAGGAGACUCUCCCGUAUACAAGUCCUCUCUUAAAAGAGCUUAUCAGAAUAUCAACGAUCUUUAUAUUACAGAAGAAAUAAUAAACUCCAUUUUUUUGUCUUUUUAACUAAACCGAUGCCAUAAUAAUAAUUAAAUAUCAAACCUACCAAUUGC